AUGAGCCAGCAAAGUUUUCUGGCUGUCGACCUCCCCGAGGUCGACGAUGCCGCGUCAGAGGACGCACCGCUUGCCCAGCGGGCCAGCCCAGCCAGGGCCACUACCACUACCACCGCUGGCGGUGGCAGAGGUAGGGGCCGCGGCCGCUGGUCCCGGGCAAAGCCCAAAAUCGCCAAACCAGCGCAGCCAAAGGCUGCAAGCGGCCGUGGACGCCGCCAAAAAGUCUACGACUCGGCCAAAGCCCAGGCCGCUCAUGAGCGGUCCUUGGAGCUCAAGCAGGCUUUCUCGACUCUCAUCAAAGUCGUCAAGCCGGCCGUCCAGGAGAUCGGCGACCGCGCCAUCAACGAGCUUCUCGAGGAUCCCACCGCCUACGAGAAGGUGCCCGAGUUUUCUGCUGCCCAGGACUUCUUGCGUGAGCGGCAUGAGGACACCCUCAGGCUAUGCGACGCCCGCCUGGAGACUGGCCUCAAGAUGGCCGAGAAGGUUUACCACGCCCAGUGCGAGGCCGAGCACCAGUCGUACAACUCCCGCGUUUCUGAUUUGUGCGACGAGAGAUACGGGCAGCUUCUCCAACAGCUGGAGCUCCUCGAGUAUGUCUAUGAUAAUAACCUGCCUGUUGAUGUGAAAGUGUCGCAAGAAGAGGCAGACAACCAAGGGGUUUUCUACCAGACCCGCGACGGCGUCGAGGUCCCCUUCUCCGGGGACAGCAUUUCCAAGUUGAUGACCAAGCCGCAGACACUCCCUCUGGAGGCGACCAAGCGAAAAGCAGAUGGACAACCUGCCGGCCAGCCAGCCGCCAAGAUCGCAGCGACUGCCAAAGACGAGGAUUCUGUGCCCCAAAUGCCGCGCCAUACCGCUGCCAUGCUUGGAGCCGUCGAGGCCCUCGAGCCGACCGGUGAUAAUACUCCAGAUUCUGCCUCCAAUGCGCCAAGCCCGCCGAUCGACCCGGCUGAAGAUGCCGCCGUCGGACCCUUAGACCAGCUUCGCAGUAGCGGCGAGCCAAGUGCCGCCGACGGUCCCGACCUACCCCUUCCCCGCGGUGCCUCAUCGCCUGACGAGUACGGUGUCCGUCUCAUCUCCAGGCGGCCCACUCGCAUGGACGUUCCAAAUAACCGUAUCAUGGUGCCCAACAUUUUCGAUUGGGACGACCUCGACAUAGGCUUCCGCGACUCAACCAACUGUGCUCAGAAAGGAGCCACAAAGCAACGCCGGGGCAAGUACCUGGGCAAGGCUGGCUCAAACUACAUGUUUAUCGACCGCAGAGUUGGCAUAUGGGACUCGACUCUGGCUGCCGGCGAGCUUGACGAGGAGCUGGUGAAGAAGCACAGCCUUCACCCCAAUCUCGGAAUUUUCCUACCCAAUUCCACAAACGAGCAAGAACCUCCCGAACCCUUGGUGAACGGCUGGAAGCCCGUCGUCCUCGUUGCCCCCAACGGAGACAUGAUACAUGCCUCACGCACUAUAGAAGCCGCCCGAAUGGAGCGAGAGACCCAGAAAGUUGAGGCGAAGUUGCAGGUUGCCAAUAAUCUGCGAAGAUUUUGUGAGGAAUUAGGCAUCUCAGAAGAAGAGAUUGCUCCCGACCAAGCUCUUCUGGACAGGAACCGGGAAAAGAUGCUCGCAGCCCGAGGUAUCGCCCCUGCCGCGGUCAUCCCGCCCGAGCCGUCGCCCGCGCCCGCUCCCGCGCCCGCAGCGCCCGAACCUACCCAAGAAGACGUUGCAGGUUUCGCCCAGUCUGUCGAGGAAAUUCUCAAUGCAGCAGCCGCCGCAGAAGCGGAGGACGAGGCAACCCGCACGGCCGCCGCUAAACGAUCCCAGCCCUCCCGACCCUAUGAUGCGAUCCGGGAUGUCUUUACCGACAGCCCACCUACCCGACAAGCAUCUCCGCCUGCUGUGCAGGAUGCACGUGUUCCGGUUCCUGUCGAUACAGGAGCCCUUUCAUUCCUUGCCGAUACGGCACUUAGUGAUGCGCCGCCGGCCGCUAACAUCAUCCAACCCAACGAGUUCUUACGAACUACGCUGAAUCCUCAGCCACCCACCUACCAUCCUCCUCCUAGGCCGUCAAUACAGGAGUACAUAGGGGCUGUGUCUGCACCGGCGCAGGUACCGAUGCCAACACCCCCCGCGACAACUCACUUGUCGCAGCCAAUCACUAGUAGAACACCAUUUUCCAGCACGGGCCUGGCCAAAGGCCUUCCCGCACUGCGACCGAUGCGCAGCCUCAUGAACGACCCUCUCCCCGAGCCGCAAAACAAUGCGGCUCUGCUUCCUGGGAACAUGGUGGUCUCAAACAGCGGUGCCUAUUAUCCGCCCGCCCCUGGUCGUGCCUUUCACAACGGAUACUCCAUUCAGGAGCCUGUGCCGCCGAUGCAACAGGUCAUGCCUCCACAUCCUAUUACAACUCCCCUUCAAGCUCCGCCCAUGGCUGGCCAGCCUCUAGCGUCGGGACCUCAGCGGCAGAUGAGCCCCUACUCGGUGUCACCCCCACCGUAUCACCAAACCCUUGCCCUGCCGCUUGCAUCGGCACCGGCACCGGUGCAGGCCACAGCACCAGUACCAAUCCUCCCACAGGGCGCACAAACAGCCGUCCUACCACCAGGCGCUACUGUUAUGCCGACCCCGCGUUCCCGCCCAGGCAGCUCUUCCGCCCCGUCCGCAGCAGCAGGAAAUCCGCCGCCGCCACCAUCAGCCAAGUACCGCAAGCUCGAGCCGGCACCCACCCCGCCUCACCGGCUCUCGUACCCUGGCAGCGGAACCGAGCUGAAGACGGUACAAUUUGACUACCGUGAGCACAUAAAGGACUACACGCCCGUUGAGGCACCUCCGCGCCACGGCCCCACCCAGAUCCGCGGCUGGACACAUAACAAUCUCCGAAGACAGCAGCGCAUAUCGUCGUCUUCUUCUUCUGCCAGAGGCGAAGCGAAUGGAAACGCAAACUCGAACGAGCCCGCUUAG